AUGGGGAAGAAACACUAUCAACUCAAAACACACCAUCUAAGGCGUCUAGUUACCCAUGUUGAAAAAGGCGGCGUUCUAGAGUCGCACAAGGACGUGCCUGAAGCAAUUCGCGAAGAUUUAUACAUGGAGGAGCAACAGGAACUGGAAAAGGAUAAGCGCAAAGGUGGCUAUUCCCUUGGGACUGGAGCACCAUAUCCUCCUAUCAAUAUCAACGUCCUGCCCUCCCAGGCUUCCGCCCUCGGCUUGGACAUUCCAGCGACCAAGGCGGCUGCUGACUCAAUGGCUAUGAGCCAUCUCGAGAUUCCUGGACCAAGAGACGAAGCCGUCAAGGAGUACGGUGAGUGGCAGGCAUCAAAUGUCACUGAUGACACUCCCAAGGCUGCAUUCCGACAUGUGUGUGACGUGAUGCUCGACCAUGGCCUUGACCUAGAGAAGGUCUACAAGGAUCAAGACCCAGAAUUUUUCAUUGACAAGGGAAUAAAAAUGGGAAUCGCUCGACGUUUCGUAGAUGAUACUCGCCGUUGGGUGGAGGAUGUGAAGAAAACGAUGCCUAUUUAUGAAAUAAUAUAG